UCUUCAGUUUCUCGCCGUUCACUUUCACACACAAAGAAAAGGUUAAAAUAAUGGGAAUUUGCAGUUCCUGUGAAGCUACAUCUGUGGCCACAGCAAAACUGAUAUUAUACGACGGAAGAUUGCAGGAAUUCCCAUAUCCUGUAAAGGUUUCUUAUGUAUCACAAAGAAACCCUACGUAUUUCAUCUGUAAUUCCGACGAAAUGGAUUUCAACGACGUCGUUUCAGCUGUGAGUGACGACGAGGAAUUACAGCCGGGUCAACUUUACUUCGCUUUGCCGUUGAGCCGAUUGAAGCAACGGCUUCGGGCGGAGGAAAUGGCCGCAUUGGCUGUGAAAGCCAGCUCGGCGUUGGCCAAGAGUGGUUGCAGUGAGAAGUGCGGUUGCCGGCGGCACUCUUGGUGUUUACCGGCGAGAAUGGCCUGAAGCCGUCGUCAAGAAGCGGGGGACGGUGGUGAUACUGUGAGUAGGCGGAGGAGUAGCGGUGGUGGUGGUGGGAGGAGAGGGAAGUUUGCGGCGAGGUUGAGUGCAAUACCUGAGUAGGGGUAUUUCGGGAAAUGUCGGUCGAAAAUUCAUUAUGUAUGUACAGAGUUUAACGAGGCUAAUGACUGAUCACGAGUUAAUUAACUAGAGUUAUUGGGUUAUUCAAAUCA